CCGACCUCGCUCCAAAUGACGAAAUUAGCCCUCUCCUUCCACCAAAUCCUCCCCCCUAUCCUCACCCCCUCCUCCCCCUCCCCCUCCCACCUCCACUUCCCCGUCAAAUUCCGCCGCCGCCACAUCCCUUCCCCCCGCCGCGCCCUCGCCGUCGUCGCCAAAGCCAAGACCCGAGAGCUCAUCCUCGGCAACCCCAGCGUCACCGUCGAGAAAGGCAAGUACAGCUACGACGUCGAAACCCUAAUCAACAAGCUCUCCAGCCUCCCGCCGCGCGGCAGCAUCGCCCGCUGCCUCGACACCUUCAAAAACAAGCUCUCCCUCUCCGACUUCUCCCUCGUCUUCAAGGAAUUCGCCCAGCGCGGCGAUUGGCAGCGCUCUCUCCGUCUAUUCAAGUAUAUGCAGCGCCAGAUUUGGUGCAAGCCGAAUGAGCACAUUUACUCUAUAAUGAUCGGAAUUCUAGGUCGCGAGGGGCUUUUGGAUAAAUCCGCCGAUGUUUUCGAUGAAAUGGUGGCGCAUUCGGUUCCUAGAACUGUCCUCUCCUACACCGCAAUUAUCAACGCUUAUGGUCGAAAUGGACAGUAUGAGGUUGCUCUGGAAUUGCUGGAUAGGAUGAAGAAGGAUAGGAUUGUGCCGAAUAUUCUGACCUAUAAUACCGUGAUAAAUUCGUGUGCACGAGGAGGGUACUCGUGGGAGGGUUUGUUGAGCUUGUUUGGGGAAAUGCGGCAUGAGGGGAUUCAGCCGGAUUUGGUUACUUACAACACGUUGUUGAGUGCGUGUUCGAGUAGGGGAUUAGGGGAUGAGGCGGAGAUGGUGUUUAGGACUAUGAACGAGAGUGGGGUUUUACCUGACAUCACGACGUAUAGUUAUCUAGUUGAGACGUUUGGCAAGCUGGGGAAGUUGGAGAAGGUCUCUGAGCUGCUGCAAGAGAUGGAGGCUGGGGGGAAUUUGCCAGAGAUAAUGAGUUAUAACGUGUUGUUGGAAGCUUAUGCCGAAGCAGGGAAGAUAAAGGAGGCUAUGGGUGUUUUUAGGCAAAUGCAGGCUGCAGGGAGCAUGCCCAAUGCUGGAACCUAUAGCAUCUUGUUGAAUUUGUUUGGGAAGCAUGGGAUGUACGAUGAGGUGAGGGAGCUCUUUCUUGAAAUGAAGAUAAGUAAUACUGAGCCGGAUGCAGACACGUAUAAUAUACUUAUAGACGUCUUUGGUGAAGGGGGAUAUUUCAAGGAGGUGGUGACACUAUCUCAUGAUAUGAUUGAAGAGAAUGUUGAGCCGAAUAUGGAGACUUAUGAAGGGUUGAUUUACGCUUGUGGUAAGGGCGGGCUUCAUGAAGAUGCAAAGAGAAUUUUACAUCAUAUGAGUGAGAAAGGAUUGGUACCAAGUGCCAAAGCAUAUACUGGGGUGAUUGAAGCAUAUGGUCAGGCAGCUCUAUAUGAAGAGGCUCUUGUAGCCUUUAAUACGAUGAAUGAGGUAGGGAGCACACCGACUAUUGACACCUAUAAUGCUCUGAUUCAUAGCUUCGCAAAGGGGGGACUCUACAAGGAAACUGAAGCUAUUUUGUCAAGAAUGGGUGAGUUGGGUAUUCCCCGAAACAGAGAUUCAUUGAAUGGUGUGAUUGAAGCAUAUAGGCAGGGAGGCCAAUUUGAAGAUGCCAUAAAGGCUUAUGUUGACAUGGAAAAGGUUAGAUGUGAUCCUGAUGAAUACACUCUUGAAGCAGUCUUGAGUGUCUAUUGCUUUGCGGGCCUUGUCGAUGAAAGUGAGGAACAGUUUCAGCAAAUUAAGGAGUUGGGUAUACAGCCAAGCGUGAUGUGCUACUGUAUGAUGCUGGCAGUUUAUGCCAAAACUGAGAGGUGGGAAAAGGCUGAUGAAUUGCUAAAUGAGAUGCACACAAAUAGGUUCUCUAAUAUUCACCAGGUCAUUGGACAAAUGAUCAAAGGAGAUUUGGAUGACUCAAGUAAUUGGCAAAUGGUAGAAUAUGCAUUCGACAAACUGAAUUCUGAGGGGUGUGGUUUUGGGAUCAGGUUUUAUAACACAAUUCUAGAAGCACUUUGGUGUUUGGGGCAAAAGGAAAGGGCUGCAAGAGUGCUUGGUGAAGCAACAAAUAGGGGCCUAUAUCCAGAACUAUUCCGUAAAAACAAACUUAUUUGGUCUGUGGAUGUUCACAGAAUGUGGCCUGGUGGCGCGUGCACUGCAAUAUCAGUCUGGUUGAACAAUAUGCAAGAGCUGCUAUCUAAUGGGGAGGAACUUCCUCAACUGGCAACCACAGUUGUUGUGCGAGGGCAAAUGGAAAGGAGCUCAAUAACACGGGAUUUCCCUGUCGCAAAGGCUGCUUAUUCUUUGCUGAAAGAUGUAUCAUCAUCCUUCUGUUUCCCCGGGUGGAACAAGGGACGAAUAGUCUGCCAAAAGACUCAGCUCAAGCGCGUCUUUUCUCAAGACUCUGAUAGUGAGAGCAUAGUUAACUUAUCAAACUCUCCUUUCCCUCUCUCUGGAAACCUAAAGCAACAGAAGAGCUCUGAUGCCAAUGGUGUCAGUUUCAGGACAGACACAAAACUCAUGGCAAGUGGCGUAUGAGCGUAGAGUAACAGGUUAAUCGCUGUCCUUGGAUCCCUUCUUUGCCCCAAGAGGGGCCAAGAAACACACGAACCAGCAGCAGCGACAGUGACAGUUUACAUGGUGCCUCAAGCAACGAGUAAGAGUGCAAUGCUGCCUAACAGAGGCGAUUUGACACGAGAUUAGUGCUUUUCAAUGUGAAGGACUCAAUGGGUCCAGUCCACUUAUGUUGUGUCGGGAAACCUUAAAAAAGACAUGAAAAUUCUGUUGGUCCAUGCGGCCACAUGGAGGCGAAUAUAUAUAUUUAUCAUGUGUAUUUCAACUCAUGUUUCGCAUAAGUUGAUCGACCACACAAUCGAGUGAAAGAUCAUUAUUGGAUCCA